AUGACAAAUCUUUAUCUGUUAGCGCUCUGCGUAGCUAUAUUAGUAAUCCUUCCAGCGCAAUCUCAAUUUCAAAUAAAAGGCAGCGUUAAAAAGAGAAAUACAAUAAUAAAAUUGGAAAAUAGUUUUUCGUCGAAGUGCUACAACGGCUCCGUGCUGGAUAAAGGUGAUUCUCUAAAGCGGAUUGUGUAUUCGUCCCGUUUUAUAUUUACGGGAAAAAUUACGCGCGUGCGCACAAGAAAGCGCGAGAAACGUAGUGUUUUCAGAGUGCUAGUACGGAGAGUUUUAAAAGGUGAUAUAAGUGUUCUUAGUGAUUUGUUAAAUUUCGAAACGGGGACAAGUAAUUCGAGCCGGGCGUACGUGAUUGCGAAGGGGGGCAACCCGCUCGGGGGGUUGUGCUCCUCGCACGGAUGGGCAGCGAUAUUAUUUGGAGAGCGACUAUCUUCGCCGUUCCAACUGUUAGUGGAUCCUGUCCCCCUGACUCUGGAGAGGGUGCGGCGAGUAAGAUCUGUGAUCAAAGGUAGGACGUCGACAAUUUUAUAA